AUGGCAUAUAUCACGUUGGUAGAUGUGCAGGUGAACGAGCCCCUGAUGGUGUGGCUGAUGUGCCUGGACACACACAACCUGCACAUCUUCAAGAGAUCCAUCGCUAAUAUCACAAAGACAGCUCCAAAGGCAUUUGAAGCUGGUCAAAUCCGGCUGGUGAAUGGCCCCACCCACUGUGCUGGGCGGGUGGAAAUUCUGUACAACAAUGUCUGGGGCACUGUGUGUGAUGACAGCUGGGACUUAAAUGAUGCAUCAGUAGUGUGUCAGCAGCUGGGCUGUGGGGCCGUGGUAUCGGCACCAGGCAUAGCUCACUUUGGACAAGGAUCUGGUCCCAUCCUACUGGACGAUGUUAAUUGCAGAGGAGGAGAAUCUGCCCUCACAGAGUGCACCUUAAAGCCUUGGGGAGACCACAACUGUAACCAUGCAGAAGAUGCCAGUGUGGUGUGUUCAGCCAAGCCCAAGGACUGCAGUGAGAUCCCCUCAGGCAGCCCCAGCGGCAUCUACCUCAUCCAGCCCACAGGACUGCACCAGCUCGUGGUGUACUGCAACAUGAACGAAACAGCCGGGGGCUGGACGGUCCUCCAGCGGAACCGGCACGACACACAGAUCACCUGGGCUGAGUCCUGGAGCACCUACAAGUACGGCUUUGGCAACGUGCACAAUGACUACUGGCUGGGGACGGAGUACAUCUAUCGGAUCGCCAAGCAGAAGGUCUACCAGGUCAGGUUUGUCAUCCACGAUUCAUCCGGCACCAUGAAAUACGCAGACUACAACCUCUUCGGUCUGGAAGACGAGUCCAAAGGCUACAGGCUGAGGCUGGGCUCUUACACUGGGACUGCAGGGGAUGCCAUGACUUCAAACAAUCCUAGCACCAUGCAUGACAACAUGAAGUUCUCCACAAAAGACCUGGAUCAGGACACUAACAGUGGGAACUGUGCGUCUAGCUCUGGUGGGGGCUGGUGGUACUCGGCUUGUUAUUCUGUUCUACUGAACGUCAAAGGGAGCGUCACUUGGGGUGGUUUCUGUAGUGGGAACUGCCAAGCCUCUGCCAUCCUCAUCAAACCAGCAUCCUACUGUUAG